AUGAAUUUUUCGGUGAGUUCUUGGUACAUCAAGAAAACAUACACAUCAGAAAACCAGAAAAACCCACCAAAUCUUCAUCUAAGAAACCCACAAGAACUUGAAGCUUCUCCUCACCUUCAAGAAUUCGAAAACCUAGAAAAACUCAUCAGAGAACUAGAUCCAAGUUUAGGGUUAGGGUUUCACCGAGUCAAUCAAUCUGAAAAUGGCGAUGAGGCAAAUUCUCAACGAGAUCAGAGGGAUGAAGGUGAAAGAUGCGGCGGCGCACGUGAAGCCGUUGCUCACACAGCAUAUCAAGGAGCACGGUGGCCACUGAUUGCUGCAACAAUCUGCACAUCAUAUUCAAGUGAUUGUGAUUGGUCUCUUUCUGGUGUUAUGGAGGAUUGGAAAUGGAGUUUGUAGAUUGCUUGUCUUUUCUUCUGGUUUAAGCCUCAUUCUGUGUUGUGCUGUGUUGAUGAUCCACAUCCACUUUAAAUAAAUUGUUGAGACUAUAAACUUAACAGCGUUUAUUAGCUUUUGAGUUAAAUCAUAAAUGUAAGCAAUUUUUGUAACAUUUAACAUUGAUUAGUGGCUGUCUUUCAAAUAUUAAUUUAUGCA